GCAUAAUAAAUAUUUUCCAUAUGCUUUAAACAGUUUUAAAAAUAUAAACAUUUCUUUUUGUUCAAUAUUUGAUUUUUAGAACACAAUGCCAGAGCAUCUGUGUUGGACGCAUCCCGAUAUCCCAGAUGAAGUCAAUAAGAUCCUGUUUCAAAAUGAUAAAAAGCUGGUGGUUGUGGGGGUAAUAGGAAAAUCUGCAUUUCCUGACUGCAAUAAAAUGACCGCAUUAGAAAUUUUGGGCCGGCAUCCCAGUAUUUCAAAUAAUGAACCCAAAGAUGGCCAAAUACAGUUCUAUCACAAUCCCUUAGAGUCCAUUCUAUACUUGCACUUUGCGACAACAUAUGAUGCAGCAUGCAUGCAGAAAAUGCUACUGGAGGAGCUUGAACAACAGCGUUUUCAAGAAUUUCUUACAUUCCAUCAGAAGGUACGCAGUCGAUUUGCCCGAAUGUUUCUGUUUGCAACACAAGUCUGCCAUUUGAUAGUGUUCGUGGAGUUAAGUGUGACAUUUGAUGCUUCCUUGCUGGGAAUUUUCAAAGCUUUGAAAAUUAUAAGAGAUCGUCAUGUGUUGAAAUUCUUCCCAAAAUUACUUAAAAACUCUAGCACUGGCUACAUUUUGGGAAAGCCUGCUCGUUUAUGUUCUCCCCGUGUUCUUUUUUUAUUUGAAAAUCUACCCGAUGGUCAUGAAAAAACCAAAGAGGCCAUAUCAAAAUUUGAAUUUGAUGUUGAAGACAAUAUUUAUAAAAUGCUGCGCAACGAAUUUAUUGUUGUCAAUAAUAGCAAUAAUUCAUUGUUUUCCAUACCUGUUAAUCUUCGCUUUGUUUACUACAAUCUCAAUGACAAACUACGCGAAGAUCCUCUAUUGAAAUCUGUGGCUUUGUUGCAAGAAUUUUUGCAAAAGCCUAAUUUUACACAGGACGAUGAUGAUUUGGAUGACUUGUUACCAUACAAGGGAUUUGGAAAACCCCUAUGCUUCUCUAAUCAGGAGACUAAAACGGAUUCUUCAGAGGAUUUGUUUGUCAAAAAUCGUAAAUUCAUAGACCUACUCAAAGAGCAUGUAGAUCAGGCAUUUGAAAGUGGUUUUAAUGAUAAUCUAACCAAAUUCAAAGGCAAACAUCAUUUUGUGCUACUAAAUUUCAAAUCAUGGUACGAAACUUUUAAAAUGUUACACAAAUUAUUCAUUGAAAAUCCCGAUAAUCCGGAAUUCGAGGCAAAUGAUCCUGACUAUAAAGCGUAUUUGGAAAAUUUUGAUAAGAUUCUCAAUUAUGAUAGCGAAUUUUUUAAAGCCUGCUGUGAUAUUGGACUUCAAAAAGCCUUUUCCAUGUACAAUAAUCCUACAUUGACCUAUUACAGUGGUGCGGUUCACAAAAAACUGGUUGAAGAAGCUGUGACCUUAUAUAUGAAAUAUGCCCGUGGUUCCGAUAAAGCCACCAAUGAAGCAAAACUUCGUGAGAUGUGUGAGGCUUGUUGGAAGAAUGGCAAGGAGCAGUGUGAAUACCCAAGUUUAAGAGGCAAUCCCUGCGCAAGGCCAAAACACAACGCCAAAGAUCCUACUGAACAUUCAAGUGGUUUGGUAUUCAUAUCAGCUUGCAAUUGUGGCAAGGUUCAAGGUCGUAGAGAAGAUCCUUACAGCACAAGACAUGCAAAUUAUGAAUUUUACGAAUAUAUGGCCAGCAAUUGUAAUCUGUGUGCUAAGGUGAAGCGAAUUAAUUUUGCCAUAUUUGAACCUUCUAUUAAUGACUACAGAGCAGCUGAAUUUGAACGUGGUUUCCCUAAGCUGCCCAUGCGCAAAGCUCAUGACCUCACUGAUACCCAUUCCAUUGGCAAUUUCGAUGAAGAAUUCUUUCCCAUAAAUAAUUCUCAACCCUUGACCGCUUCGCAAGGCACACACACAAAUCUUAGCCUUUCAACCUCCAUGGACAAAAUGAAUAAAAUCGAUGACCAUGACAAUGAGGAAGAGAACAGUUCCGAUGAGUCUGUAAAUGAAUUGAUUUUGAAGGUUAAAGAAAAUGAUGCCCAAAAUGAUGAAACUAUGGAACGUACCAUAUUUAGACAACCUUCGACUACUGAAUAUUUACCUGGCAUGAUGCAUACCCAAAGUCCUGUAGGCCUAUUGCCACAAUUUCCCAGUUGGUCUCUUUGUUGUGUGGGUGCAAGUUCAGUCUACAGUCACAAUCAUGGUCUGCAGGAACAUUUUCAAUCGGGUUUCCUAUCGGGCUCCAAUUUUCUUUUGCCCUGGGAUGUUCAGGUUCGUUUGGAGCAUUCAGCACAAUGGGCUUAUGAAAAGACACGGUAUAGAAAAAUGGGUGAAGUGUUUGUGCUUAAAAUUUUCGUCGGUUUUGAAUAUGAAUGUCCCAGAGGACAUCGCUUUAUGAUGUCUGCUCCAGAUAAGAUAUUACGAGGUGGUUCAGGAAUUCUAAGAGACAGCGGCAGUAAAGUGGUUUUCAAUAAUAUGCCUCUAUAUUUCCCCUGUCCGUGUCGAUCCAAAAAAUUCGAUGUGGCACAGUUGAUGCGUAUUCAUGUUGUCACCCCCAAAGCUCCUGUAAACGUGUCCUUAGAUCCCAAAGUUCGCACUGGGGAUGGAGAUUAUGUGUUUGUUUUGGGCUCGGAGCCGAAAUUAACUCAAAGUGCUUAUUGGAUGUUAAGAUUACCGUAUGUAUAUGAGGGCGAUGAUGGUCCCAUACCAACACCCACAGAAAUAACAGCGGCAAAUGCCCUCAACUACGGGUGUUUAAUGGCUGGCAUGUUUGGUGUAAGCGAAGUAGAAGCAGAUGAAUAAUCCUAGUGUGAUUGAACACAUUUGUAAGAAAAAGAAAAUAAAAAUGGUUCUAAGCCAAGAUGUGGAAA